AUGCUGGCCUCUGUCGCCGAUUUUUUUAGUCGCGGUUUCCGUCCCCGUAAACCUAAGCCUGGCCCUCUUAAUCAAGAACCUGCUGGUGCUGGUGCUGCUGCAGGCGCUGGAGCCGGUGGUGGAGCCGGUGGUGGGAGCUUUGGUAACGCCUCCCCGGCGGGACUUAUGCCAGGCUCCCCAUCAGCCCAAAGAGUAACACAGAAACCGUUGUACUUGUGCAAGCCAUUUGUUACCAGUCAGCUUGUUAAAGGAAGCUUCUCAACUAUUGUUGUGUUGCCGAGAUAUGUUGACCAGGGGGAGUGGUUGGCGUUGAAUAUCUUUGAAUUUUUUGAUAUGUUGAACAAAUUCUUCGGAGUUGUUCAGGAAUUUUGUACUAUUCAAGCUUGCCCGUCGAUGUCUGCAGGCAUUGGACUGGAUUAUUCGUGGCUUGAUUCCAAUAAAAAGCCUCUUCGGCUCCCUGCUCCCACUUACAUCGAGUACGUGCUGCAAUGGAUCUCAAACCGCAUCAACGAUGAGACUAUAUUUCCUUCGAAAUCCAACCCCACUACUACGGCCACAAUCAACACCCCAUCCGCUAUCCUUCCUGGGGGGUCUUCUGCUAGCUCGCCUGCCGGUACUCCAGGCGCCAGUGGGCAGGCGUGGAUUGGCAAGGAAGGGGGGUUCCCGCCAAAUUUUUAUACCACUUGUAAGGCGAUCUAUAAGCAAAUGUUCAGAGUAUUCGCACAUAUCUACCAUACGCAUUUUGCCAAAAUAGUACAUAUGAGUCUGGAGGCCCAUUUCAAUAGCUUUUUCGCUCAUUUUAUUCACUUUGCAAGGGCCUUCGAUCUGCUGGAACGCCGCGACAUCGAACCUCUACGGCCUCUUAUUGAUACAUUUGAAGAGCAGGGCCUCUUCAAGGAUAACGACAGAUCCAGGGAGCAGCAAUGA